AUGACCGUCAAUACAACCCCAUCCUUCAUCGCUCCCCCAGAGCAUCGCCAUGAACCAUCCUCCUUCGACCCAAUCGUCGAUACCAAAGAUGCACCCUCCUUCGUCACUACCCUUCGCGCAGCCGAUGACACUCUCAAAGUCUACACUCGCUCAUCUCCGAACUUUGAAACCCUCCGCGGCCUCUACAACAAACUAAUCACCCACCAACCCCUGGCAAUCUGCCGACCUCAGACCAUCGAACAAGUCCAACUCAUCAUUCGUACUGCCCGCGCCGCAAACCCACCCAUCCCCGUCGUGCCACGCUGCGGCGGCCACGAUGUCUACGGCCGAGGCCUGAAGCCCGAUAGCAUCAGCAUCGACAUGCGCGAACUCGACAUGCAAACCCUUGCCGAAGACCGCGAGUCUAUCCGCAUCGGCGGCGGUGUAACCUCGCAGAAUUUCGUCGGAUUUCUAGAUAACCACGGUCUUUGCACCGCGAAUGGAACGGCAGGGAACGUGGGGUGGACGGGCUGGGCCGUGUGGGGCGGAUAUGGCCCGUUGAACGACUACGUCGGACUAGGAGUGGACAAUAUCCUUUCUGCGAAGUUGGUGUUGGCGGAUGGAUCCCUGGUUGAGGCUGAUGCGGGCUCGGAGUUGUUGUGGGGGGUCCGAGGAGCUGGUGGUGGUCUCGGGGUGAUUGUUGAGACUACUGUGAAAGUAUACCCGAUGCCCGUUGUGUUGGCGGGUUUCAUCGCGUACCAGUGGGGCGCGAGUGAGAAGGUACUCCUUGGUCUGCAGGAGUUGCUUGAUCGGGGCAUUCCCGAUACGAUGUGUUUGCAGAUGGGAUUUAUGAAGACCAAGUGGGGGGUUGGAAUGAGUCUGAUUUUUGCUUGGCCUGAUUCCAAGACCCUUGAUGAGGGUCGGACUUGGCUGGAGACUGUGAGAGGGCUGGGCGAGAUUCAGGUUGACACCGUUGGUGAAACCACGUUUAAGGCGUUUCAGGCGAUCACCUCCCGCGUGGUGGACGACCCAGUAAACGUCGCCACUCGCAGCGCCUCAAUCUAUAAAUUCGGCGCCGAGACUAUCGCCCUACUGCAAAAGUACUCCGAGGCCAUCCCCGACGGGCGUCAGUAUAAUGUGAUUGCGCAUAUUGGACACGGGAAGAGUACAGAACCGAAUCCCGACACUGCCUUUGCCACGCGCGAACCCCACAUUCUGCUUCAUAUCAACGCCUGCGAUGAGCCGGAGCGUAUGGACGAGGCCCGGGCCUGGGUGAACGGGCUCAUGAAGGAAAUGAAUGCUACCUCCCAAGCCAUGAAUCCCGUAUACGUGAGUUUCAUGGGAGAAGACGAGGACCCUCGCGAUACUUUUGGGUCGCAUUGGGACCGGUUGCAAGCUCUCAAGAAAUCGGUGGAUCCGGAGAACGUUUUCCGCUUCCCUUGAGGGUAUUCACGGGAGUCUAGAUGGGGACUAGUUUGAGGCUAGAGACAGAAAGAGACUAGGACACGAAACGAUCUGAAUAAGCUUCUUGGCUCGUGCUUACCGUGUUAUCUUUUUAUUUGUUUUUAAAUUAAAACGAAUUUUCCACUCCAUUCUG